AUGUCUGCUGCAGAGCAUGGCGUUGAGGCCGCUCAGUCGGCACUCGCUGGCGAUAACCCUAUCACUACUGCUCCUGUGAUUGAGAAGGAUCAGAUUGUCGGCCAAUCCGAGAAGGCUCUCGCUGAAACUCCUGAUGGCGAGGAACCCAACGACGAGGAGAACAGAACUCUCCGGCACGUUGCAGAGAACCUUCCCAUCUCUGCCUGGCUAGUUGCAUUCGUCGAAUUGUGUGAGCGUUUCACCUACUAUGGCAUGUCGGGAAUGUUUCAGAACUAUGUCCAACGUCCAUUGGACGGAAGUGAAGGACGUGGUGCGCUGGGUAUGGGGCACCAGGGAGCUACUGGCUUAACCACUUUCUUCCAAUUUUGGUGCUACGUCACACCGAUUAUUGGUGCGAUCGUUGCCGACCAGUACCUCGGCAAAUACAAGACCAUUGUUCUUUUCUGUGGUGUCUAUUUGGUUGGAUUGUUGAUUCUUGUUCUCACUUCAAUCCCCACCGCUCUUGAGAAUGGAGCAGGCCUUGGAGGAUUUAUCGCGGCUAUUCUCGUCAUCGGUCUGGGGACUGGUGGUAUCAAGAGUAACGUUGCUCCCCUGAUUGCGGACCAAUAUAAGCGCAAGAGGAUGGCAGUGUCGACUACUAAGAAGGGCGAGAGGGUUGUCAUUGACCCGUCUCUUACAAUUCAGCGCAUUUACAUGAUCUUCUAUGGCUGUAUCAACAUCGGAUCCCUCUCGUUGUUGGCUACACCUUACAUGGAGCGGGAUAUCGGAUUCUGGUCAGCUUACUUGCUCUGCCUGUGCAUGUUUGCGGUUGGUACCGCUGUUGUCAUCUGCGGACGCAAGUUCUACGUCGUCCGUCCUCCUCAAGGAUCGGUCAUCACCGACGCCUUCAAGGCUCUCUGGAUCAUGGUCAUCAACCGCAACAUGGACGCCCCCAAGCCCACUUGGCAGGCCGAGAAUGGUGGCAACAGACCCUAUGUUCCCUGGGACGACCACUUUAUUGAUGAGCUUAAGCGUGCCCUUGUCGCUUGCCGCGUAUUCUGCUUCUAUCCCAUUUACUGGGUUGUUUACGGCCAGUUCUCCAGCAACUUUGUCACCCAAGCUGGUCAGAUGCAAGGACACGGCAUUCCCAACGAUCUGAUGCAAAACUUCGACCCGAUCUCCAUUAUCGUGUUCAUUCCGGUCUUGGAAACCCUGGUGUACCCCGUUCUCCGUCGUCUGCGCAUUCGGUUCCGCCCCAUCUCUCGUAUCUCGCUCGGUUUUAUCGUCGCUUCUCUGGCCAUGAUGUACGCUGCUAUUGUUCAGCACCUCAUCUACUCCGCCGGGCCAUGUUACGAAUCCCCUGGGUGUGAUGCUUCGAUUGUCGAUGGUUCAGCGCAGGGCAACAACAUCCAUAUUGCCAUCCAGACACCCGCCUACUUCUUCAUCGGUAUUUCUGAGAUUUUCGCCUCGGUGUCCGGUCUCGAGUACGCCUACACCAAGGCACCACCAUCCAUGAAGUCGUUCGUGCAGUCGAUGUACCUGCUCACCAACGCGUUCGGAUCUGCCCUCGCCGAGGCCCUGACCCCCGCUGCCUUCGACCCAGCCAUCAUGUGGAUGUUUGUUGGCCUGGCAUGCGCCUCGUUCCUCGCCGGUAUCCUCUUCUUUGCCAUUUACCACCACCUCAACGACCAAGAAGAUGCCAUGAAUGCUCUUGAUGCCGACGACCCUGAGGGACCUCCCCCGCAGUACGCGGAGAAGAGGGAGCAGGAGAACUAA